CUCCUUCUUGUCGCACUGUCUCUCUCCUCUCCGGUGCACUGCGUCUCUUCUCUUCGGUGCACUGCGCCUCUCACCGUCGGCGCACUGCGUCUCUUCCCUUCGGCGCACUGCAUCCCUCUCCUUCGGCACGCUGUCGCCAUCCUCUGCGGCACGCUGCGUCUAUUCGGCGCGCAGUGUUUUUUCCCUUCGCCUAUGAACAUGCGAGGAUUCCCUCCUCUUCGAUCUCGCGCGCGUUUCUCCCCUUUCGCCGAUGAGGAGCAGAGGGCUGGUCUAUCUGACGAGACGCUUCGAGUCCUCCCUCGUCAAUCUCCUUCGAACUCUUCCUCCCUUCCUCCCCCAUCGACCCGCCCACUGUACCCCUUUACUGCCACCCUCCUAUCGGCCGCCUGGCGUAAUGGCAACGCGUCUGACUACGACGCUGUAAUCAGGAGAUUGCAGGUUCGACCCCUGCGGUGGUCAUUCAAUGAAGUCAUACGGGUGGCUUUUUUGGGGUUGGCGGGAAGGGAUGUUGAGCAGCGAGAUGGUUUUUGUUGCUUGGCGGGAAGGGAUGUUCGGUUUUAUGGCGGGCAAUGGGAUUUCAGCUGUGGCGAGAAGGGAAGAGGUUUCCUGGUGGCGAGAAGGGGGAGACGCUCAAAGACGGGCUUUUCAGUGCUGGCAGCGGGCCUUCCGUUAUCGGGCCGCGCGAUUUUCCAGCACCGGGCCCGCGCCCUUCUGCCGCUGCAGCGGACAAAGUCGAAGGAGGACUCUUUGUUCGACUCCUCUACAAUAUCUACCUAUACUUCCUCAUCCCGAUCACCCGUCGGUC